AUGGAGGCACACGCGCACGAGCCGCGCGCAGCCGAACUCCGCACCAUGGGCUUCAGCGCCUGGGCCAAGGAGCAGGUCCGCGCGUCGCUGCCGCAAUGCUUUCUGGUGGACAACACCGAGCUUGGCUCCAGCAGCAGCGGCCUCCGCUUUCGGAACUCUCCGUCCCAUGAGGACCUGAACCUGCAGCGGAAGCCGGUGCCCUGGGAGUCCUUGGUCUGGGGCUCGCUGGAAGCCGACGGCGCGUGGGUGAAGGUCAAGGAGGGCCGGUAUUUGCCGGUCUUCAACGCCAGCGGCGUCCGCGUGCUGCAGCAGAUUGAAGUGAAAGGCGAACAGGAGGAGAAGGUGGAGGCGGACUCCAUGCAGCUGGGCCAGAUCCAAGCGCCUCUGCACAUCUCCCCCGGUGCCGGCACCCAACCCGACGAGGAGGUUGGAGCUUGGUACCAGGUGGUGGCGGAGCGCGUGGCCUUGAGGCAGGGGCCUUCCCUGGGCGCCAUGGUCUUGGGCCAGCUGCUGCGCGGCCAACAGUUGGAGAUGUUCGGCUGGGACGAGUCCCGGCUGUGGCGCCGCUGUGCGGACCAUCGCCUGUCGCGGACUGGCUGGGUCUUGCUGGACCACCCGGAUCUGGGCCCGCUAGUGCGGCCUUUGGGUGAGCCGCUCUGCAGUCGCCCGCUCAACGUGUUGGCGGUGGCUGCCUCCGAGGGCCGCCUGGAGGACUUGGAGGCCUUUCUGGAAGAGGAGCGGGACUUUCAAGAUCCUCGUGGCCACGCGCUAGUUUUGGCCUUCACCAAGUCCCAGCUCCGCGCCUCUUUGCGCCUGCUCCGGGCUCUAGGCCCGGAGGUCGCGCAGAAGCUCCAGCCUCUGCCCUGGCGCUUGCAGGCCUUCAAGGAGCUGGCACAUGGCCAGGACCUGGGCGUCUUCUCAGAGGAGGAGCUCCAACAGCUUCUGCGGCUGCGACUGGACGCGCUGGAGCUGGAGGCGACGGCGGAGAAGGCGGCGGAGGCGGCGGAGGCGAAGGGACCAACGGAGGCGCCUGAGGAAGCCCCCGCGCCUGAGCCAGUGACGACUGAGCCUGGGGACCUCUACGAGGUGGUCUACUCAGCCGUCUGGAUCCGGCGGGCACCCUUCGCGGACGCCGCGCGGGUGAGCAAGCGCAUCCAGGGGCAGCGCCUGAGGAUCCUGGACUACGACGAGUCCAGGUUGUGGGGCCACGUGGUCUUCAAGACCAGCGAGGGUAUGGACGAAGGCUGGAUGCUGAUCCAGCACGACGACCUCGGACAGCUGCUGAAGCCUGUAGAGGACGAUGGCGGAGGCUUCCUGGUGCGCCCAGAAAGCGCGCCUUAGAAACAUGGCGCGUUUCGCAUGAGCGCGCGUCUCGCAGCGAAGGGAGUGGCAGAUCAGUGA